AUGAUUGGCAGCUUGCUGUAUCUCACUGCCAGUAGACCUGAUAUCUCCUAUAGUGUGGGAGUGUGUGCUCGAUUUCAAGCUAAUCUCAAAGAAUCUCACUUAGAAGCUGUUAAAAGAAUCAUCCGAUAUGUUGCUGGUACAGUUAACUGUGGUAUUUACUACACCUUUGACACUAAUGUAGAGAUUGCAGGAUAUUCUGAUGUUGAUUGGGGAGGGAACUUGAAGGACAGAAAAAGCUCCUCUGGAGGCUGCUUCUUCAUUGGAAGCAAUCUUGUUGCUUGGCACAGCAAGAAACAAAACUGCAUUUCACUGUCUACUGCUGAGGCUGUAUAUGUUGCAGCUGGAGUUGCUGCACACAAAUGCUCUGGAUGA